UGAGCCGGUCAGCUGUUUAUCACUCAUGAUAAAUAAUGUGCGCGGAUCGCAGGACAGUAUCAGCAUGGAUCAAAAACCUGAUGAACGCACGCAAAGCCAAAGCCACAGCUGUCAGCUGCUGGACCUGCCGUGGGAGGAUGUGUUAGUUACACACGUGUUCUGUUACCUGCCGCUGCGUCACCUGGUCAGCCUGCAGUGCGUCAGCAAGAGCUUUCGUUCUCUCAUCCAGACGUUAGCAGAGUACUGCCCCAAACUGCAGUCUCUCAAAGUGAACCACUGUCACAACGUAACCGAGUCCAGUCUGGGCGUUCUGCGCCGGCGUAACGUGGAGAUCGAUGUGGAGCCUCCCCUGCAGAGGGCGCUAGUGCUGCUGCAGGACGUGGUGGGAUUCGCUCCCUUCAUUAACCUGCAGAUUUAGCACAACAUCUGGACCGUUCUGGAGUCCAGAAGAAGUGAGGUCCCCUCUCAUCCACAAUCUUUCUCUGGAAGGCUGACUUCUGAAACACUUUUACACCAGAAGACACAACCAUGAAUCCAUAUUUCAAGCGCGUGUUUGUUUUAGUGUAUUUUAGCAUUUAAAAAGAAACUUUCUUUGGUGUGAAACCACGCUGCAGGCUUUCAGAAUGAGGACUCGAUCAGAUCUGGUCCCAUCGUUCAUGGAAUUUAUGAUCAUCAUUAGAAGGAAGUUGGUGAAAAUAUAUUAUUUAUGGAAGCAGCUCUCUGUUUGCAUGCAGGAACCAAAUGUUGUAUCAUUUUGCACUCAUGAAAUACUGAAAUAUCUGCACUUUUCUGAACAUUACAGUCCUUCAGCUUUACUGGACCAUCAGAUUUUCUCUCCGCUUCAUUAGCCAAACCUGUAAACAGGAAGGCAGAUCAUCCAGGGAGCAAUCCAGUCAUGUUUUACAGAAGCAAACUGGUGUAUUUAGAGCUCUGUGUUGAUUUUAUUCCCAUUAACCUAAUAAUAGAAAAGAAUGGCAUUGUUAUGUUUAGGAACUAAACACUAUAGAUUCGUAUUUACAUGUGAUUUGUAUGAAUUUUGAUUCAUAUGCACCUUUGAAACCUCAGUUUGAAAAAGAUUGAAACUGGAAAAUCAGUAUUGGUUCUGAUUUACUUCACAGGUUUGCAUCGUUGUUUAAAUAAGACAAAUCUGAUAGUAUAUUUAAUAUUGCUAUCAAAUUGGACUUUUUGCUGGGGUUUCUCUAUAUGUUGCAUUCAUAAUGCUUCAUCGAGAUCCUAAAUUUACAGAACUGAAACAUAUUAUAAAGUGUGGCCAGGUCUGUAAAAAAUGUUCCUAUCACAAUGUGCUUAUUUUUGAAUGCUGGAGGACUCUAUUUGUUGCUUUAUGAGUAUUUCAAGGAGUAUCAAGAUACUGUAACAGGGCAGUUUUUUCU